GACUUCUCUUUAAGGACGUCCAAGUUCUCUUUCUGGGUCGGUUUAGACCUGGAUUCGGAGGCCAAAUUUGGAUCUCCACCGCCCCCUCCAACUCAUCUUCGAUUCUCCGCGUUCCUCCUUGCGAUUCCGUGCCGCUACCGCCACCGCUAUGGAAACUCCUGGUUCAAACCUAGACGUUGUUUCGUGUUCAAGCUCAACUCAGACUUCAAUGAAACCUCCACCUCCGAAAUUUCUAAGCAAUUCGGACCCAAAUUCGUCGCAAGAGAAGUCCAAAUCAGACACCCCUGUUAUUCCUCAAAGCUCUACAGAACCUUCUGGAAGUGGUGAUGAGUCCAGCUCGAGCUCUGUUUCCUCCCAAAGUAGUAGUAAAGACAUCAAGCAAGAGCAACGAUCCUGUGCUGCUGCAGUUCCCUACACCAUUCCCACGUGGAGUGGGCGUCCAUGUCAUCAGUUUUAUCUUGAAGUGCUUAAAGAUGGCUCCAUCAUUGAUCAAUUUGACGUGCACAAGAAGGGGGCUUACAUGUUUGGUCGUGUUGAUCUUUGCGAUUUUGUCCUUGAACAUCCGACCAUCUCUCGCUUCCAUGCUGUUUUGCAGUUCAGGGGAAGUGGCAAUGCUUAUCUUUAUGACCUUGGCAGUACACAUGGGACAUUCAUUAACAAAAAUCAGGUGGAGAAGAGAAAUUAUGUGGAGCUGCAUGUUGGUGACGUCCUUCGAUUUGGAAACUCGUCACGGUUAUAUAUAUUUCAAGGACCAACUGACCUGAUGCCACCGGAAGCUGACCUGAAGAGGAUAAAACAAGCUAAGAUCCGGGAAGAGGUGCAAGACAUGGAAGCAUCACUUCUCCGUGCAAAACUGGAAGCAUCUCGUGCCGACGGGAUCUCAUGGGGAAUGGGUGAAGAUGCUAUCGAGGAGAACGAGGAUGAAGUUGACGAAAUAACUUGGCAAACUUACAAGGGACAACUUACAGAGAAGCAGGAAAAAACACGUGAAAAAGUUGUGAAAAGACUUGAGAAGGUAGCAGUUUACUUAAGUUCUCUAUGUUACUGUUUCCUUCAUGUACUAGUGAAUUUUUAUAUUAGCUAUUGUAGAUCGAGGGAAUGAUAUUCAUAAUAGAGG